AUGGCUUCUUUGAUUCUUUUUCCUGCAUAUUCUGUUACUGGAACUAGAAGCAAGACUGCCCCACCAGGGUUCUUGUUCUCUGGUGUUAGGCGGUCAGUGGCUCAGGUGGGCUUUAGGAAUCAAAGGUUGUCUACUGUUCGGUCUGCUUUGGAUUCUUUGGAAACAAAAGUUUCUGAUAUGAGUGUUAAUGCUCCGAAGGGGUUAUUUCCACCAGAACCUGAACAUUAUAGGGGACCAAAGCUGAAGGUGGCUAUUAUUGGAGCUGGGUUGGCAGGCAUGUCAACUGCAGUGGAGCUAUUGGAUCAAGGCCAUGAGGUGGAUAUAUACGAUUCAAAGUCUUUCAUUGGUGGUAAAGUGGGUUCAUUUGUUGAUAGACGUGGAAACCAUAUUGAAAUGGGACUUCACGUUUUCUUUGGUUGCUAUAAUAAUCUUUUCCGUUUGAUGAAGAAGGUGGGCGCAGAUAAAAAUCUGCUUGUGAAGGAUCAUACUCACACAUUUGUAAACAUGGGAGGUGAAAUUGGUGAGCUUGACUUUCGGUUUCCAAUUGGAGCUCCAUUGCAUGGGAUUAAUGCAUUUUUGUCUACAAAUCAGCUUAAGACUUAUGAUAAAGCAAGAAAUGCUGUGGCUCUUGCACUGAGUCCAGUUGUAAAGGCUCUUGUUAAUCCAGAUGGAGCAUUGAGGGACAUAAGGAAUUUAGAUAGUAUAAGCUUCUCUGAUUGGUUUUUGUCCAAAGGUGGCACACGCACAAGUAUCCAAAGAAUGUGGGAUCCUGUUGCUUAUGCCCUUGGGUUUAUUGACUGUGAUAACAUCAGCGCUCGGUGCAUGCUGACCAUAUUCUCAUUGUUUGCCACCAAGACAGAGGCUUCUUUACUUCGUAUGCUCAAGGGUUCUCCAGAUGUUUACUUGAGUGGUCCCAUUAGAAAGUAUAUUGAAGAUAAAGGAGGCAGGUUUCACUUGAGGUGGGGAUGCAGACAGAUACUUUAUGAUAGAUCUCCAGAUGGAGAAAUACAUGUCACAGGACUUGCCAUGUCAAAGGCUACGAACAAGACAGUUGUAAAAGCCGAUGUUUAUGUUGCAGCUUGUGAUGUCCCUGGAAUUAAAAGACUACUUCCAUCCCAGUGGAGGGAAUCAAAAUUCUUUGAUAAUAUUUAUGAGCUAGUGGGAGUACCUGUUGUGACAGUACAACUUAGAUACAAUGGAUGGGUUACAGAGUUGCAGGAUCUAGAACGAUCAAGGCAGAUGCGGCAAGCUGCUGGCUUAGAUAACCUCCUGUAUACUCCAGAUGCAGAUUUUUCUUGUUUUGCUGACCUAGCACUCACUUCUCCAGAAGAUUACUACAUUGAAGGACAAGGUUCAUUGCUCCAAUGUGUUCUGACACCGGGAGAUCCUUACAUGCCCUUGACAAAUGAUAAAAUCAUAGAGAGAGUCUCAAAGCAGGUCCUGGCCUUAUUCCCGUCAUCCCAAGGUUUAGAAGUAACAUGGUCAUCCGUUGUAAAAAUUGGGCAAUCUUUAUAUCGUGAAGGACCUGGCAAAGAUCCCUUCAGACCUGAUCAGAAGACACCUGUGAAAAAUUUCUUCCUUGCUGGCUCAUAUACAAAACAGGAUUACAUAGACAGCAUGGAAGGAGCGACUUUGUCCGGCAGACAAGCUUCAGCAUACGUAUGCAAUGCUGGGGAAGAGUUGGUAGCAUUGAGGAAGAAACUGGAAGCUGUCGAUUCUCAAGAAAGCACAAAACCUCAAACGGUAACUGAUGAGCUCAGUCUUGUAUGA